AUGAGUUUGCAGCUAGAAAAGAAGCUCUCUGAACUUACUCUCGAGCCAUCCGACUCUGACAUUGGCAUACAAGUCAGUCUACCUGACUUUAGCUCUUCUGAAAAGCCUUGUCAACGCUCAUCUCACGUCGAGAACGAGAAGGCCAAGGACAUGGAUGAGAUACCACCUACGUGCGACCCUAUCACCGGCACUUCAAAUACAUUCGGUGACAAUGACAUCUCUUCCAGAUUCGCUCGAGGAAUGACAUUAGAACAGACCAGAUCCACCUCGAAUUGUGGUAGUGGCGUGAACAAACCCAUUUUCAGUGGGACUCGAAGUCGUAGUGGUAUCUUCGAACCUUCAUCUCAUAAGAAGUAUCGAGCUUCAUCUCGCCUUUCUAACGGAUUUAGACCUAGGUACUUCACCGAGUCACAAGAUCUCUCAUUUUUGGUCGAGGGGAACGAUCAUGUUGGAGAUGUAUUUAAACCAGCCGAGAGAGCUAAGGAGGCCAUGAUGGAUUUAUGA